CCAUGUUGCUGUGCGGCGGGUCGUCGCGCCUGCGCGGUGCGGGCGGCGGGCAGCGCAGAGUGCGAGGCUCUUUUGUUCGUCUGAGGGGAGGGCCGUUGGCAGGGGCCUGCGGUACGCCGCUUCAGUGAGGGGGCUCGACAGUGGUCACCCGGCUUGUUGCUUUUCUGGUCGCCACUCCCCCGGCCGGCCGGACAAGACCCGCCAGUAGCGCGGCACCGAUUCCUCUCGGGCUUGUGGGCGCUGCUCUGAGCGGCGUCAUCCUUUAUACCAGAAAGCUGGCGGGCACUAUGGGGAAAAAACAAAACAAGAAGAAAGUGGAGGAGGUGCUAGAAGAAGAGGAAGAAGAAUAUGUGGUGGAAAAAGUUCUAGACCGUCGAGUGGUAAAGGGCAAAGUGGAGUAUCUCCUAAAGUGGAAGGGCUUCUCAGAUGAGGAUAACACAUGGGAACCAGAAGAGAACCUGGAUUGCCCUGAUCUCAUUGCUGAGUUUCUGCAGUCACAGAAAACAGCACACGAGACAGAUAAAUCAGAGGGAGGCAAGCGCAAAGCUGAUUCUGAUUCGGAAGAUAAGGGGGAGGAGAGCAAACCAAAGAAGAAGAAAGAAGAGUCAGAAAAGCCACGAGGCUUUGCCCGGGGUUUGGAACCAGAGCGGAUUAUUGGAGCUACGGACUCCAGUGGAGAACUCAUGUUCCUAAUGAAAUGGAAGAACUCUGAUGAGGCUGAUCUGGUCCCUGCCAAGGAAGCCAAUGUCAAGUGCCCACAGGUUGUCAUAUCCUUCUAUGAGGAAAGGCUGACGUGGCAUUCUUACCCCUCAGAGGAUGAUGACAAAAAAGAUGAUAAGAAUUAACUUUCUUGAAUACCAGCCCCUGUCACAUCUGACUGUGGGUUUCAAGUGGGGAAAGAAGGAGUUCUCCUUGUCUUGACACCAUGAAGGUGGCUUGAGAAGAUGUCCUUUGAAGAGCCAGUAUAGUUUCUGUGCCCUACAGCAGCCCAGGGCUUCAAAGCCGCUCCACGCUGUACAGUUUGCACACCCAUCCCGGUGGAGGGGAAGGAGGGUCAGUGUUUCAAGGCAACCCGUUCUGAACUUUGCUGGAAAAAAAAAGCAAAGGGCCUUCUAUGAAGGACAAAACGUAGAAUGGGAUGUGGGAGAGCAAGAGAUACUGUAGAUCUUCAAAGAGCAUCUCCACAACCCACACAGCCUUCUUCCCGAUAGUGUUAACUCUGCAUUUUUACAGCGUAGCAUGUGUGUAGUUUUUGGCUAUUACUGAUGUAUUAUUUGGGGUGGGUGGGGUGGGGUGGGAAAGAAGGGAGAUGGGUUAGGAUCAUUUUUGUUAAAAUUUGGGGAAACGGUGAAACAAAGGAAAGAACAACUAAUGAUGAUUGGGUUCAGUGUCCAGAAUAUUGUAUCCUUUCAAAAAAUGUCAUUGGCAACCUAAAUGAGGACUGUGAGAGACUGUUUAAAAGCUGUGAAUGCCUGAAACUUAGAAGCCAAGGUAUUCCCCUGCCUGAGCUUAAUGCUGUUCCCAACAAAGGAAUAAGAAGCUACCAAAGCUGCCAUUUGGGAGAUGGAAACUGGUUGAGGAGGAAAAGUCUUAUUGGAGUGUAUACACAGGCAGAUCAUUCUGUCUUAGAGGUGCUACUCGUGAAACUGACAAGAAGACCCUUUCUUUUCCUAUUGUGAAGUUACAAAUAUCAGCUUCUCCAUCCAAGCCACUGGUGAAGUAUUUAGGGAAGGGCAGAGAGUGGUAUAGGAGGUAAGUGAGUAGGGAAAGACAAGGGCCGGUGCUCAUAGGGUGGAAAACUCUUGGAGCCUCUGUUUUUUGAACUUUGAAACCAUUGGUGGCAGGGUUCAGUCACUGACAGCACAAGUUCAAGAGUUGAAUGAUUUCAAAAGCCCUGGUCUCAGGAGAAGAUAAAUUUUCAUACUGGGGCAGUGGUUCACUUUAAAAACAAAACAAUUUUUUUAAUCCUAAGAAUUAACUAAAAUCCAAAACGCUGUCUUGAGUCGUGAGAUCCAUCAGUUGUUGACAUCGUCUUGAUCUGCAUCUAGAACUCCAUUGUAAUUUUUAGGCGUGUGUUAGGUUUUUGUGAAAACUUUUGUUUAAAUGUAAACUUCAUAUCAACACUGUCAGUUUUUUGUCUUAAUAAAACUAUAUAGAUUUAUAAUCCUUGA